UGGACUUACGCAUUGGCUUGCCUAGCGGCAUAGUUGCCCAUCAUAGAUUUGGGUCGUGACACCGACGGCCAUCUUUACUGGGAUUGAACGUGCGCCUAUAUGUCAUUGCCGAUCCUUUUAUGCAUUUUCUGUUGUCCAUUGAUAUUUUGCUUCCUACCAGUAUUCCACCUCCAUUAUGUCUCAGCUUGCAGAGUUGCCGCCACUCCAAAACCCUAGCCACCUUCAUUUCUCGGCGGUGCAUUCCAAGUUGUGCUAAUUCCUGCUCAACAUAAAGGAGGACCAUUGUCUAAUGAGACAGGAUGAACAUUGUCUAUCUUAUGAUUUGGGAUAAGGCUAUGCCUCAAUUGAUGUUCUCCCUCUACUUGUGAUUUUGUUUUGAGUUCAAUUCCAACCCUAGAAUGGAUCGCUCAGACACUUCGGGCUUUGUUAGUGGAGGUGGCCUUUUGUUCAUUGGAGAAAGUACAAAGUAAAUUUGUUAGCAAUUUCCUUAUCUUUUUCGAGCACCAGAAGUCUGGUUGUUGUUUCCUUGCAAGUGUGAGUUGUUCUUGUGAAAAAACCUAUGAGUUUCAAGUACAUGGACAAUGUUCGUGUACAGAAAGAUGCUACUUUUGCUUCCAACUUAAAAUCCGCAGCUGUUACAGUUGAAGCUGGAGCUAAUCAUUCAAAUGAUGCUGUCGCAAGGGUUGAUUCUCUUGGGUUGUCCAGUUCUCCUUCCUUUGUAAAUGGAGGCAAGCGGAAACAUGGUAUGCUUGAUGGCUCUAUUAAUGUGAAGCAUAAAGCCUCACUGCUUCUUGGGUUUGGUCAUUCAUUGAGUUCUUGCACCAGCAUAUCAUCAGGGAAAGAAGCCGAGGAGCGGGAAUCUCUCAGUCUAGGUCUCGGUGUUGAACUUCAACUUGGAAGCGGUGCGACAUCCAACAUGGAAAAUGCUCUCUCUGAAACUUCAAAGGAACAAGAACCUACAAAACCAAAACUAGACCUUGAACUAAGUCUUUUAACUGGUCCCGCUGAGUCUCAUACCACUACUCUGAAACAGUGCUCUAGUGCAUAUCAACAUAUGGUGGUAGGUUCAGUCCAAUAAGUAGAUAAUGGAUCAACAUCGUCACAAUGGAAGUCUGGAUCUCUUGUGCCUCUGUUGCAGAUUGCAGAUAUGAACCAUUCUCUGGACCAACUCCACAAUCAUUUUCCUAUUAAUUCAAGCAUCUUUAAAAACACAACAAUAUUUCAAAAGGGUUCAAUUGCUAGUACUUCUGGGGUUGAACAGAAACAGCAGCACAGUAAACGUGCGAGAACAUGUCGGUUUGAAGGAUGUCCAAGGGGAUCAAGAGGUGCUUCAGCCUCUACAUUGCUCAUGGAGGUGGCAGGAGGUGUCAGAGAUUGUGAUGUCAAAAAGGAGCUGAAGGCAAGACGAUAUUCUGUGAGGCACAUGGAGAAGGUAGGCGGUGCCAAUAUCUGGGGUGCACGAAGAGUGCAGAAGGCCGCACUGACUACUGCAUUGGUCACGGUGGUGGCAGACGAUGUAGCCAUGAAGGCUGCACUCGUGCCGCAAGAGGGAGGUCGGGCUUGUGCAUUCGACAUAGGGGUGGGAAAAGGUGUAAGAUGGAAAAUUGUUAUACGAGUGCUGAGGGCGGCACCGGCCUAUGCAUCUCGCAUGGAGGUGGUCGGCGUUGCCAGUAUCUUGCCUGUAAGAAAGGUGCUCAAGGGAGCACAAUGUUUUGUAAAGCCCAUGGUGGCGGCAAAAGGUGUACCAUUUUAGGUUGCACAAAAGGUGUAGAAGGAAGUACUCCAAAGGACAUGGUGGGGUAAGUGGCGAAGUUAGGAAUUUUUUCAAGGGUAUUCAAAUUUAAAAGAAGUAAAAAAAAAUUCCGACAAAGGGUGUUCAAUAUGUGAUAUAUACCUCUAAAACAUAAUAUUUUACCUAUAUACACAUGCAAUUUUUCGACGAAGGGUGGUCAACUAACCACCCUUGUGACCAUGUGGCUUCGCCACUGGUGGGGGUAAAAAAUGUACCCAUGAUGCAUCACCAAGAAUGUGCAUGGGGUACCUUAUUUUGUGUUAGUCAUGGUAGGGGUAAGAGAUGUGUUGUGUCUGGAUGCACCAGAAGUGCAAGAGGUCGUACAUAAUUCUGCGUUCAUCAUGGUGGUGGUAAGAGGUGUAAGUUCACAGUCUCAAAGAGUGCACAAGGAAGCACCGAUUUUUGCAAGGCACAUGGUGGAGGAAGGCGGUGCACUUGGGGACAGUUGGGAUUAGAGUGUGGUGAUCAAGCUGCCAUGGCAUGUGAUAAGUAUGCCAGAGGGAAAUCUGGCCUCUGCGCUGCCCACAGUGCUCAGCUGUUGGAUCAGCAGAGGAAUGGUGGUGUUGUCAGUCCAGCACUUCAAGAACCCCUACGUCGCACAUGUAAACAGGCAAAUGGUAUUACUGGUCGCGAUCCUGAUGGUACAUUGGUCAUAGGCACCGGAGCAACUGCAAUUGGCUCGGUCCGUAAUGGACAUGGAGUGCUAUCCCCAGUGAAUGAAUUGCCAGCAAGCUUUUUACUGAGAAGUGAUUCAUUAGAUCAAUUGUCACUUCCAGAAGACAGAGUUCACGGGGGUAGCUUAAUGGCAAUGCUAGCAGGGGGUGUACAACAGCUGGAACAAGCAACGAGAAUCAAGUGGCUGGUUUUUCGUUUGAGACUGCAAAAACUGAUCCCAUGCCUCAUUGGUGGGUGUAAGAAAACGUUUCUCGUGCAUGGUACUACUAAUUCGCGUUCCUCUGCUUUGAUUAGCAUGGGGAUGUGGUUGUGUUGGAAAAGGAAUUAAGGAAAUAUUAUCUUUAUAUUUGCAACUGGGAAGAAUGUGGUUGCAUCUAUUGUUAGUUGUAUCAAAAGACAUGAGUCGAUGUACUGUAGGUAAUAGGAUGCGCUCAUGUUGCUUUCACGUACUUGUGUAAAUAUGCAUAGUGCACGACAGUGUAAAUGAUUCUUCGUUUUUAUAGUU